AUGAUUCCUCUUCUGAUGUUCGCAACCCUAUUCUUAGCUGCGUUGCCAACCGACUCUGAGCCCAAAGUUCCCUCUCUUAAUGUACCGUCAUGCUCUCGCGGCGUUGGCACGAUCAAAUACGACAAAUCUGUCCCUGAUCUGAAGCCCUUCCCUCUAACCCAGGUUGACCUUUGCUACACCGACACUCAUCUAGACAUCAGGUUCACCGCCCGCGACGAGGUAAGCUUUUACUUCAACUCGUCCCAGGGCACCAAUGCCAACAUCUGGGAGUACGAGGUUAUGGAGGCCUUUAUCUACAAGGGCACGGAUAACCCGAAGAACUAUCUAGAAUUUGAGGUGAACCCCAACAACAUCACCUACCAGGCCUUUGUGUACAAUCCUUCUAAGGUGCGCGCCGAUGGUGCUCCCUUUGACCACUUCUUCGUAUCGGACCCUUCUACCGAUGGGUUCAGUGCUGUGACCAAGCUUGUUAAGCCGAAGCUGCUGUGGGUCAGCGAUGUCAAGAUACCCCUGGGCUUGUUUAAUGUCGACACGGGCAGGGCAAAGGGCACAGAGUGGAGGAUGAACUUCUCUUCGAACUGUGGUCAGUUCUCAGACGUAUCCUGA